AUGGCAUUCUGUGUCUCGAAUCUUCCGCGACUGGCAGCAAUGGGUAACUUUUUGAGCUUUCGAUUUUCUCAUCACCGAUGACUUCGACAGUGCUCCGGGCACUCAGAUACGGACAUUCUGGGCAUGUUAUAAGUACAAUGUUAAAAGGUUUCUCAAUUCGCGUCUGAUGUGUUAUUAGAGAAAUAAAGGAUGGGGAAAGCCCAUACUUUUGAAGUUGCAUCUCUCCACCGAAAUACGCUAUUCUAGCUUGAAACCUCUUGAAACUUUUUCUAGCUCCCAGUAGCGUUCAGAGCUAUUUCGACGUCUGCGAUCAAUCAGAUUCGCAAUAAUUCUUAUUUACCGCCUCUCCUAAAAUUUCUUAACGUGGCUUUCGAAGCGGAAUCGAGUUAGGAUCAUUGAUUUUUGAGGCGCUUUCCGAAGACUAAUUGUUCGACUCAUUUUGAUUUAUUACCGCUUUCGGAUUAUGUAACUGGUUCAGAAAGUUUCAAAAACGAAUUAUGAGAUAAGUAAUGAGAUGGUAUAGCAUGUGUACCGCGACUCGGAAUUUCACCAAACGACAUUCCGCUGUUCCGCUGCGUGCCCUUUUUAAAUUUUUUUUUUCUUUUAUUAAGUUACUCCACUUUCAUGUGCUCUCACAGCGGGAAAAAUUCCAGAAUCGCCCCCCCACACUGUUUUUUUGCCCCCGCGUUCCAACAAGCCCCCCACCAAGCCAAGUUCCGAUCUGUGGGGGUGAAAUAGGAGGACUUCAUGUGGGGGAAGAAUCGAACGCGGGGGGUGAAUAUGUAUUCUAGAAUGGCCCCCCACAGUACAAAAACGGGGGGCGAUUCUGAAAAUGCCUAGGCAAUCUUUCAUAUUUGCCCCCGCACGGCUUUGAAAUAGUCCCCCAGAGCUCAUUCGAACAAGCCCCCUCCCAUUUCAGAAUGACCUCCCUCUCAUUUCAGAAUGGCCCCCUCCAUUUCAGAAUGGCCCCCUCCCAUUUCAGAAUGGCCCCCUCUAUUUCAGAAUGACCCCCUCUAUGUCAAGUAUUUUUAUUUAUUUGACGAAUUGUUCACUGUGGCUCAGUUUUUUCGAAGCGAGAAACAGUCGGCUUCGCGCUAUGCGCGCUCCGCUUCCGUGUGAAGCCUUAAAACUAAGCCUAUUUUCCUAAGUAAUUUAUUAAUUAAUGUGCAUGAAAAGAAAAAGCGAAAAAUUCUAUUCCUCAGAACAAUUACUUUAUUGAAAACUAAUAAAGUUCAUCUUAAAUUGUUCUAAGUGGUCAGCGCCCCAUAGUUUUAUGAUAUUCGUACGUAUCUCGGCGAGACGUACCCGUAAACUUCUUUAUCUGACUUGAACUUCUCAUGAAACUCGGUCAGCGACCUAAUUUCUUCCAUGGUCUAAAAAACAAAUCACAAAAAUUAUUAAAUUCACAAAAAGAACACGAAUUUAUGUACAUGCGAAAAUACAAAAAAAAACCAUUUGAAACAACCAAGAACGACGAAUGAUACGAAAAAAUUAGAAAAUAAAUUUAAAAAAAUGGAAGCUCUGACACGUGUCCUGCGUGAUCGUUGCGUGACUUUUUUUCGGUGUGGGGGUUAUACUGGAUAGUUCCGGGGGGCUAUAUUGGAUAAGUGUGGGGGCUUGUUCGAACGUGUCGCGGGGGGUGAUAUCCAACAUAUGCGGGGGGCUAUACUGUAAUAUGCCGGAAUGUCGUUCGGUGAAAUCAAGUCGUGGCACACAGAUUAUAGCUAAUCCUUUUUUCUCGGUUUUUUGGCCUUAUGUGACAUGAAGCUCAUUUUCUGUAAAUACUUUCUAUUUCAGUUUAAUAUAAAUAUUUUUCACAAAGUUCAAACUAAGUUCAAAAUAUCCUUGUAAGUUCGGAUCUUUUUUUUCAAGGUUCUUCGAAAGCUCGACUGAAAAGGCAGCUAGUCUACGUCUUCGGGAUCCUAUUUUGCGCGAUAUCAAGGGCUACGGUCGAAGGUAAUUUGUCUUUUUGUUUUCUACUUUCAGAAUAUUCAACAAGCAAACUCCAAAAGAAGUUUGAAAAAAGUUAGAAUUAACUGGAAUUUUGAUAUGUUGUGUUUUCGACAAAAAAUUACAAAAAAUUUUCGAAAUCCGUCAAAAAUGGUUUUUUGACCGGGUCAUAAUUAUAGUCGCACUUUGGCCCAGGGCUCAUUUUUAACUUUUGUUGGAACUUUCGCCUUCUUGAUUUUAAAUAAACACUAAAAUAGUAUGAGGAAAGAAUUUUAAGUAAUUUUUAAUCAAGCAAUUUUAUUUUCAAAUCAUGCGAAAAGCGAAAGAAAAAAUCGAAAAUUGGUAAAAAAAAAAGUUCGUCAUACUAGAGACAUCUUCGAAUUUUGUUUUCUGGCGUGUAUGAAAGCAAGAUUUUCAGUUUGAUGUUUCCAGGGGCAUGUUGCAAAAGGGCUAUGAUUGCAUAUAGCUCUGGAGAAGCCAUCCCGCCAGAGUGCCAAGAUAACUCAGUGACAUGCACAGAGGAAUCGAUUUUUCUGGAAAAUCCUUCUUCUUUUCGAAUACUUGAUUCUUUUUUGAAAAGCGCUACGAGAACUGGCUCCAUUACCAUACUGGAUAACGAAAAAAUAGAUAUCGUGAUCUCGAAUGUGGAAGAAAUCGUUCAUAAUGGCCAAGGUAAGGCUUUUUUGAAAUUCGAAAAACACAAAAUAAUUCAGUAAUCCAUAAAAUUAUUUAUUCAAUUAUUCAAAACCAUCCAUUUUUUUAUAAGUUCAUCGGGAAUGUCCUUUUGAAAGAGUUGGAAAAUCCAAAACCGUUGCUCCGUGACGUCAUGCUAUCUCUUUCUGACCGACUCUGGAACACACCAGUGAUCUGGCGUUGGCGCCAAGAACCGCGUACGCAUACGCUACGCGUCCCGCCCCCUCUCUACAAGAAACGUGCACGGUGCGAGCACUGAUUUUGCACUUUUUGCUGCACGGUGCAUGUUGUAGUUUUGCACCUCGCAGUUUUGGGUUUUGGGAACGAAAAAAAAUAUAAAUUACAUGUAGAACUGAGAGAAAUGGGCUGAAUUGAGGAGGUUUCGGAUACCCAAUUUUCUGAUUCGGAGUGUCAGCACCUUGCGGUGUUGCACCACACGCGCACUGAAAAAGACCCGAAAUUGCGAGGUGCAAAACGACAACAUUCACCGUGCAACAAAAAAGUGCAAAAUCAGUGCUCGCACCGUUCACGCUCCUUGUAGAGCUGCCCCGCCUCCCUUGCCUUUCAAGUCGGGGAAAAUUGACUAUAAAACCGAUCUUGUGCUAAAAAUAACUGUUUUUCAAAAAAAAACUGGAAAGAUGCAGUUUUUCGUUUUUUUUAAAGUAUUCAUUCCAGUUGAAAUGGAAACUCCGCAUUUUCAAAGUCAUUUUGCAGGUCCCGCUGUUCAUUUGAGGAAUCCCGCAUUGGUCGGCAGAAGUUUCGUCAAAUUGAAAAAAAUAACAGUGCCGAAUCCGCAUAUGUUCUGCCAAAGUUGGGACCUACUGCGUCUGGAAAACAACAUAACGGCAGAAGUCAGGAACCGGCUGGAGAAAGUGGCCAACGAGGUGAAUUCUAAAACCGAAAUAAAACUAGGUAUCAAGAAAAAAAAACGUAAUAAUGCCUCAUAAUGCAUAGAAAGAGUAAUCAGAAACAAGAAAAAUUAUCUGCCAAACCCCAUAGCCUCAAAUUUUAAUUUUUCGGGUGAUUUUGAUUUCUGUCGAGCCAUUUUUUCAUCGUUUCUUAUAGACUAACAAACAUUGAAAGUAGGAAUAAUUGAUCAAUCUGAUUUUAUUUUUUCAAAACUGAACAGAAGAAAAACGUUAAUUUAAUUGCUUUCAAAUGGAUUUCUUAGAGGAGUUUUUUUUUUAGAAAUUAAUGGAUUUAAGCAGAUAAUCUCACUUGUUUCCUAGUGCUCUUACCCCGGUCUAUCACACACAGAAGAUUGAAUUCGAUACCCGUCUCCAAGUCUAAAUAGUUGCUCACCAGGGAAUGGUCUCCGGUCGCAGUGGGAUCUCUCAAUGAGACCAAUUUUUCCAGAUGUAGUUUUUCACGCUGAUCUCAAAUCUGGUCUCAAAAACUGCCGAAGAGCUCUGUGAAAAAGUUAUGGACCCUCAAAAGUCGAAAAUUUCAGUGUCUCCGAUUGAGCUCAUUUUUUGAGGGUAUAUAAACCAUUUCCCUCUGGUCAAGAAAAACCAGUGAAGUUUUCACAAAAAAAUUUCGGAGCCCAGAUAUGAUCUUUCAAAGCCCCGCCUCACACAAGAGGCGGGGCUUUGAAAGCUUGCGAGCGCGGUGUCCUAUUGCGAUCCGGCGACCGUCGAAGCAACGGCAGCAAGGAGCAGUGGUAAGGCGGCGGAAUGGGAAUCACGAAGUCAUAGGUUCGGUGCUCACUCUGUGCAAACUUUUUUUGCAGUUUUUUCUAUUUUUCAUGAUUUCGUUUAAGGGCUCCUAUUUUGAGUUUUGAGGCGUAUAAACAUGAAAAAUCUUCGUUUUUAGCCCAUUCGAACAUCUAGAAUUAUUUUCGUCAAAAAAUUUUUUCAUGGAAUUUUUCGAGAUUUUUCAUGUAUAUGAGCAUGGGCUGGAGUGAAAAAAUUUUCAGAAAAAUUUUUUUGUUUUUUUAUUCCAUUUUUUUGUUCUUAAAAGAAUUAUAAGUUUAAAUAGUCAUAGAUACGCCGACAUAUCCCACAGAAAAAAAUUUUUCCUGGCUUUUCUAGACCUCACCGUUCAACUACGACUUCAUAAGAAAAAAAAAUAAAUCCGCAUUUUUUCAAAUUUUUGCUGAAACUUUCAAAGAAAUCCCUUCUGAUUGAUAAAUAACACAAUUGGGACCAAAAAUCCCCCAAAUAAUUCGUUCUAAUGGAACUUGUGAAAGUUCACAGUCCAGUCAGACUUUUUCGAGAGAAAAAUUUCGAGGAAAGAAACGAAAUUUUUUUAUUCAACAAUAAAUAUUGUUUUUUUGCGCACUCUCAUUUUUUUCUACUUCGGGAAAAAUCGCGCAAAAAAACUUUUUCAGGCAUAAGGUGAUGAUCAUAGGGUAAAUCACUGCAACUCUCAAAGAAGUUUUUUUGGAAGGAAAAAAAUUACUGUGGUUUUUGGUGUAUCAAUGAAUAAAUAGACUAAAAAAACUUUAAAUAAAAAUUUUAAAAAAAGAAAAAAAGAACCAAAAAUUUUUUUGAAAAAUUUUUCCUCACUCGAGCCUAUACUCAUACACAUGGAAAAUAACGAAAAAUUAUAUGAAGAAAUUUUUGACAAAAAAAGGUCCAGGUGAUUGAAUAGUUUCAAAACGGAGAACUUUCACAGUUUAACGCUUCAAAAACUCGAAAAAAAGAGCACAUAAGCAAAAAAAUUUUUCCGAAACUUCCAUCAGUCGUAGUUGAACGGUGAGGUCUAAAAAAAGCCAGGAAAAAAAUUUUUCUGUGGGAUAUGUCGGCGUAUCUAUGACUAAUUAAACUUAUAAAUCUUUUAGAAACAAAAAAAUUAAAAAAAAACAAAAAAAUUUUUCUGAAAAUUUUCUCAUUCCAGCCCAUGCUCAUAUACAUGAAAAAUCUCGAAAAAUUCCAUGAAAAAAUUUUUGACGAAAAUAAUUCUAGAUGUUCGAAUAGGCUAAAAACGAAGAUUUUUCAUGUUUAUACGCCUCAAAACUCAAAAUAGGAGCCCUUAAACGAAAUCAUGAAAAAUAGAAAAAACUGCAAAAAAAGUUUGCACAGAGUGAGCACCGAACCUAUGACCUCGUGAUCCCCAGUCCGCCGCCUUACCACUGCUCCUUGCUGCCGUUGCUUCGACGGUCGCCGGAUCGCAAUAGGACACCGCGCUCGCAAGCUCUUGUGUGAGGCGGGGCUUUGAAAGAUCGUAUCUGGGCUCCGAAAUUUUUUUGUGAAAACUUCAAUGGUUUUUCUUGACCAGAGGGAAAUGGUUUAUAUACCCUCAAAAAAUGAGCUCAAUCGGAGACACUGAAAUUUUCGACUUUUGAGGGUCCAUAACUUUUUUCACAGAGCUCUUCGGCAGUUUUUGAGACCAGAUUUGAGAUCAGCGUGAAAAACUACAUCUGGAAAAAUUGGUCUCAUUGAGAGAUCCCACUGCGACCGGAGACCAUUCCCUGGUCAGUGAGAAAAAGAAAUGUACUGAGAAAUGAAAUUUCAAACUUGUUUCAGUUUUUUUUUCCUGUUGUAAUGGUAUUUUUUUCCAAACUUUCUCAUGUAUCCAUUAUGAUAAGAAUCUGUUUUCGAUCAAAUUGCUUAUAAUAAAUCAAUUAUACUCAUGCCAACAUCCAGUUAACUCAUGAUUCGUCAUCUUUAUUAUCUCAUUAUUUGUUUGUAUAUUUAUUAAUUAUCUUAUUUAUUCAACAGUUGACCAGUUGAAAUUUCAACCCAACUUUUUUGUUUGACGAUUGUGCGGAUCAACGUUUGAGCAGGCGCCUGCAGGUCUACAAAGAUUUGAGCCUUGAAAAUUGCCAUCAUAAACGAAAAAAAAAAUCGAAAAACAUUUCUAAUUUCAAAAGUAUUCAGACGUUGGCCGUGUGUAACACUAUGACAACACCAACGCCAACGUCCGCAACGGUUGAAACGACAGCUUCUACAAACAUAAGCCUUCCGACGACAUCAAACGACACCGCCGUGAUCCCGUCGCAAUGCGCUCAAAGCGUGGCUUCCGCCGUCGCCUCAGCCUCGCAACGAGAAAAAGAUUGUCCUAGCAACAGUAACUUCCUUUGCGGGUUUUCAAUGAUGAACCGAAUUCCAGAGGGCCUUUUAAUCGGUGGCAUAGUCUUGGUUGUUGUACUUCUGAUCCUCCUGGCGAUUUCGACUUUUGUAGCCAUCAGACUCUAUUUCUUCAGGAAAGACGAAGACGCCGAUUUUGCUGUAUAUGGUGAUUAUAGUGUCUAAUUUGAAUGGCGAAAAUUUUAACAAAGAAAAGAUGUGACAAGAACCCCCUUAUUUUACCACAAGGUGGGAAACGUUUCAAACGAUAUUUAGUCUCUCAAUUAUUUCUAUUCGACCUUUGAUUUUUCGGAAAGGUAUGGGAGUUUUAAAGUCCUACAGCCAGAUUUUUCGCAAAAACUUCCUUAGGUCUAUACUUCACUCAAAGAAGAGUGGACAACAAAAAUUUUAAAGAUUUUUUUUUUCCUCAGGAUUGUCUGCCUAGUUUGCGAGAAAAAAAAAUUUUUUUCCAUUGACGUGAAAAUUUUCAUUUUUUAAAGUUAAUUGCUGGCUAAACACAACGGCAUUUGUGUUUAAAUGUUCAUUUAGGCUGGAAUGAACAUUUUUGACUGAUUUACUCUCAAUUCGUUGAAGUUUGGUGAAACAAUCGGAGCAUUUUAAGCGAUUACCUUACGGGUACAUAAGGCUCAUGUUGCUGUACACGACGUUCUUUUUUACGACGCCCCGCCCACAAUUUUCGUAAUAUAAGACGUCUUUGGUGCAUACACAGAACGAAGCUAACUUGCAUACUCCAUUGAUUCAAAAAAACAAAAAAACAUUUUUUUGUACAAAAAAAUUAUUAAAUAGAAAUUUUUUUUGAGAACUACAGACUGGGAAAAAUGAUGAUUCAACCACAUUUCUAUUUUCUAGUUAACUUCACGACAAAAAUAAGUCGGUUUAAAAAAAUUUUUUUCUCACUUUUUUUGAAAAAAAUGUUCUUUUUUUAUUUCAUAUCUCAAGUAAUUAUGAAGCACUUUUUUUGUGUGAAACAAUUGAAGUUAACGUUGAUGCUGUUGCUAAAAAAACAUUUUUUUAGCUUUAGUAGUGAAAUUCGGUAAUAAGGUGGAUUAUUAAAAAUGGUUACUUCAUUCAAAAAAUUAUGCGAAACGCAAAAGUGAUGUGAUUAGGGAGUAGAAAAAAACAUAAAAGCUUUUUCGAUUGUUUUUUGGCUUUCUCACAGUCACGAAAGCUGCAUGAGUUCGGAAAAAAGCAAAUUCAAAACAAAAAGUUUCGAAGGUUCAUUUUUUUUCAUGAGAGUUUGAUGAUGAACGGUAAAGAAAAAAGAAAUAUUAUAUCAACUUAAUACAAAAUUAAAACAACCAAAACUUGUCAAAUAUUACAAUAAGACUGGAUAUUGAUAAAAUAAUUCAAAAAAAGCCAUAUAAAAAAGAAGUGUUCGAUUUUUGGCGGGGCGACGGAGCAUCUAAGUUGGAAGGGUUUUUUUUCACAAAAUUUUACAAUUUUACACAUUUAUUUUACAUUUUCUUUCACUACGCAGAACGCCGUGUGUAGCGGGAGCAUGAACUUUGCUCCCGCUACAGCACCCGAGCACAGAGCAAACUAUAAAAAAGGCUUUUUUUGUGAGCAAGAUAAGCCGGUACAUGUUAUUCUUUCAGUAUCGUAUAUAACGCAACUUACAAAUUCGAUGAUUCUCCUCCAAUCGGGCCGAGACGGAGCUAUGCGUUAGUUCCCUCAUCGUACCGAAUUUUUGAUCAGAUUUUUGCAGUUAACGGCUAUAUAUUCGAUGGUCUUCAAGUAAAAUGUGCCGAAAUGGGUGAGUUUGGUUCGAACUCGAAAAAAAAUCACUAUUUUCUGCACCAGACAAUUAUCGAAACAGUCUUAACUUUCACUACUUCUUGAUUUAUGAGAAGACACCCCCAAAUGCCGGCUGAAGAGUCUUUCUUAAAAUCUCUUUUUUUCUCAGAAACUAGAAAGUUUUGCAGGUUUUGACUUUUUGCGCUUUUCUCUUCUCUAGAAAAACAAAAAACAACAACAAACCAUUCUUUAAAACUGAAAAAAAUCCCUCUGGUCGUUAAUUGGAAAGAGAAAAAACCUUUUCGUCAGAAAGUUUACCAUCUCUGGUGUGAGAUAAGAUCAUCUUUUUAGCUUUAUCGAAAAAAAGCCUUCAAUUUUUCAAGUUGAGUCACAGCCGAAAAAGAUUUAAAAAAAUUCACUUCUUGCAGCGCCGACUUACAGUAUUUGAACUUGGUUGCGAUGGCGUGAGUUCGGAUUCUGUAGCUAGUUCUUCAAUUUGAAGGAAUUUGGAUAACAAAAAUCCAAACACGGCGGAAGUGAACGGAUUCACGCUAAAAAAACAAGCCUAAAAACAUGAUCUGUGCUCACCUUUAUUUUUUUUUUUCUAGCUUACCUUGUGAAGUGUUACCACACGCAGGCCACGGAUCGCAAAAAGAAAUUCGAAGUGGGCAAGCCUCUAGAUCCAAAAACGGACUUCUAUUCGGAGUCAUUCGAAAAAAUUCCAUGGAAUAAAAAAUUUGGACCGUGUGAUAAACAGGACAAGACGGAGGAGUUCAUCGAAGCGGCGCAGAAGUUUGAAACUGUGAAAAAGGCACACCAAGCUGGAAAGGAGUUUGAGCCGCCGAAAGGGACUCGUAUCUGGUCGGACCUGCGACUGAAAAACCAGGAACUAAUGGACGUAGUGAAACUGCCCGAACAGCAAAUUGUAGAGAAGAGGCCAAAACCUCAGCUACCAGAAGGUCCACCGAAGGUUUUGAAAAAACGGCAAAAAGGAGGAGGAGACCCGCCUUCCAAAGCUAUCACGAGCGUCGUCAAAAACGAAAAUUCAAAGAAGAAAGAAACGAAGAAGGAAGACCCAAAGGUGGAAGAGAAAAAAGGAGGAUCCAAAAGGCGGAAGAGAGGAAGAAGGAAGACCCAAAGGUGGAAGAGAAAAAAAGGAGGAUCCAAAAGGCGGAAGAGAGGAAAAAGGAAGGCUCAAAGGCGGAAGAGAAACGAAAGGAGGAUCCGAAAGCAGAAGAGGCAAAAAAGGGUGAACUGAAGAUAGGAGAACUAGAUAAACAGGAAGGUGAACCUGUAAAAUUCGUGAAGCCUGAAGAUAUCGUGAAGAGGUUAUUAAAAGAAGAUCAGCCGAAACAAGUUUACGAUGUGCCACGCGAAAAAAUCGUGCUUGAUAAGUGUCUUCCGCUGUCUCCUUCGAGUCCGGUUAAAAGGAAGUACGACGUUUUUAAAACCAAAGCCAAAGUUCUGAGUGAGUGCUUCUUUCUUUUUAUUGAUAAUUAUUCACUAGCAGAGGCUGGUAAAACUGUAGCCUUCAAUCGGAUCUAAAGGCAGCUUGUUGAACAGUUGAGACACCAUGGCAGAGAUAGGCGAAAAAAGACAUUUUUGCGCAUUUUGCAUUCUGCUUUUUUCUAUAUGACUUCUCAAAAUGUACUUUGAUCCAACUUUUUACUGUCCACUCAUCUUUUUAUCUUAUUCGAACCGCCUCGAUAAGAUGUCACAGUCGAAAAAUGUCCUUUGAAGAAAAAAUAUAUAUAAAUUUCACUUUUGCAAUCCAAAAAAACACUUAUUUUUGUACUGAGGGUGUUGCCAGUGCUUCACCAUUUCGCGAUUUAAAAAUUUAGUUCCGACCAUCUGGAUCAAAUACGAUUUUGUUGAAAGCUAAGAUGUCAGAAAUUUCUCGUCGAAGCUGAAGUCGAGAAAAACUUUUCAAGGCGGUCCGAGUAAAAAUCAAAAGAUAGACUCAACCUGAUGAGCAUCUCACGAAAGGUCUCGGAGGUGUUGACAGCUUAGAACGAAAAAGCAGGCGAUUUGGCAAUUGCUACGAAAACAUUUGCUUUCUCGAGCAGCUUGUUUCAGGCGUCGAUUUAAGCUCAAACCACGAUAAUAAAAAGUACUAGGUCCAAUAUUCUCAUCAUUCUGAUGAUCAUCUGCGCCUGUCAGACAUCACGAUACCUCAGUUGUGAAGAAUUGAAAUUUUAGGGGAUACAUUCUCAAUUUUUUCAUUGGUGAUGGAAGAGCUGCAGAAUUACUGUGAAGUUCACGCUAAAGGUAUAGAGAAUGAUGAGAGAGAAAAAAACAUUUUCGCAAUUGUGAUUUCAGUUUGGAAGCUCCUCAACUUGAACGCCAACCAAGUGGAGAUCAAGCUAAUAGAAAGAGCGAGAUACAACUGUUCCUAUGAAAUAAUUAAUGAUGCUAGUCCCGGUUACCCUCAAAAGCUUAAAUGGCCGUUAAAGGAAUGCACCCCUCAACAAAUUUCUUCACGUGAGUUUUGAAAAAAUAUUUCAUAAUCAACUUUUUUUACCCGCUUGAAAUGCAGUGGGAAUGAUGUGAAAAAAAGAGCGGUUUUGAUAUCUGAUUAUUAAUAAAAAAAUACCAGGAACAAUAAAAAAACCUUGAUCAGGAAACUGCUUGAAAGGGAAAAAUCAAUCAAAAAGAUUGAAAUUCGAGUUUGAAUUUUUACAUUUUGCCAAAAGCCGGGUCGCUACCGUUCCUGUUAAGUAAGGACGAGUUGACUAUUUAAAAAAAUUUACUGAGAGUUGAAAACGUGUUCGAAAACCUUUCUGUACCUAUUCAUAUACUUUUUAAUGUAACAGAAAUUUUUAACUUCAAUUUUGAUUCUACUAAAAUCUAGAUUCUAUCAUUCUCAGUAAAAAGAUAAUAUGCUUACGUAUUUAAGUAGUAUAAACAUUAUAACUACUUUGAAAAAACAAAGAAUAAACUUAAAUACCAAAUGGAGUUUAGCGCCGUUUAUUCAGACAAACUUUUUCUACAGCUGUUUCGACAGAUCAGCUGUUAGACUUAUUUGAUUGUUUUGAUGAUUUAUUUUUUGUACUUGUCGGGUAGAUUUCGGAAUGACGAAUAAACACUUGAAAUGAAUGAAAAUGAGAGCCGUCAACAAAUUUUUAUUUCAUUAAAGUUCGCUUUUUCGAAGUCGAAGACCUGACAGAGUUGUUCUCAAAAUAUGCGUUCAAGUUACACGAAUUUGUUCGUUUACAUGUCAAAUGAAACGGAAAAGGAUGACUUUGGAAUAAUUCUGACGCGUUCAAUCUGUAUAGGCCAACGAAACCUCGGGCAAAGCCGGAAUGGUGGAUAAUGGCCGCUAAAAAGGAAAAAGGCUCUAAAAAAAGCAGCAAAAAGGCAACAAAGAGAGUCCUUUUAUCGAUCCUUCCAUGUUCUCUAGAACUUUGAAGGCGCAGAAAGGCAGCAAAAUGGGAGCCUUCGGCACCCUAAAAGGAACAUUUCUAUCAUUUCCUUUUUCCACCCUUUCCGACUUUGCCUAUGACGAUGGUUCAGAUUGUUGUGAACUCGCCUCUCUUUCAUUUCAUUUUCAGUGGCAUACAAUGAACUCAAAAAAUUGCGCGCUUUUGCCAAAGGAAACGAGAAGCGGCUUCUGGAGCUGUUGGAGGCCGAACACAUGGAGAAGGCGAAUCUCUUGCACGCUGAAGGCCUCAAUUAUUACUACUGGUUUAAAAGUUCGUAUUUCCUCUUUCUUGGCACGUAUCGAAAACAAAAAAAAAAAUAAAGUUCGCAUUCCAAGACUCGAAGAAAAAAGACUGGACAAAAACUUCAAGUUUUUCAGAGUUUGUACUAGUUGAGCAGGCAGUUCUUCCAGGAGAGACCAUCGCCGAUGCUAGUAAGAGGAUUUACAGUGAGUUUACCCAUUCCGUUUGGUGCUUCCACUCUCCUACAUAUUUUAGGGUGCAAACUAAAUGAGUUCCAAGCUCGGCUGAAAGAGAUAUUUUUCAGAGACCAAAGAGCGAUUCACUGAAAUCAAUGCUCUGCUGAACCCCGUUCAUAAUGCGGCGCAUCCAAAUAAGAAGCUCCCGAAUCCUCAGAAAACACAGAUCCCUGCAGCUCCGAAAAACGUCGGAAGAGAAACAUUCGAAGGACAAAAAAAUCAAAGAAGGCCUAAAAAGAUGGCGUCAGAAACCUUCGUUUCAAAGUUUAUCCAACCUUUUUUUCAAAUAAAUAGCUUUUUCUAAAAAUCAAACUUCGAAGUCUUGUUUUUUCUAUAAAAGGGAUUUUUUUGUGAGCAUACACUUGUUUAUUUUGAAAAAGAGGACUCGCGAUCAUUUUAGCCAAGCAAAAACUCAAAUCGCCAAUAAAAAAAUUUGAUCUCUCAAAAAUCUCGAAGUUCCGUCAUGAAAAAUAUAUUGGUUUAAAAUGAAAAAUAUUUUGUAUUGGUUUAAAAUGUCUAUCUCUCGAAAUAUCGCUCUCAAAAAUACUGUUUGAAAUUUGGAUCGAUCAAUAUUUUUUUUGUCAAAUUAUGGAUCAUUAUUUUGAUUUAUUGUACAGUGAUAUAAAAAAUUGACCUUUCGCAAGAGAAAUUUCAAAAUCGAAUAUUGGAUUAUCAAUAAUUUUUAUAUAUGAAAUUAUUGGAAGAGUGGUUUUAAAAACUCUAGAAGGCAGGAAACAAACAACAAAACACCUCUAAGUGUGAAAACAAAAGACAGAAAAACGAGUUUUUUUUCUCAUUCAGACACAUUUGAAUAAAGGCAAGGCAAGUAACCGUCAAAAAGGUGCCUAUAAAUCGGCGUGGUUCAUGACAAUGUCGAGUCUCUUCUUUCAAAUAUGCCAUCCUAUUAUUUAAUUUCACUGAUUUUCGCUGGUUUUUCGGCCGAUUUUGUGACUGGAGGUGAGGAAAUGCAAGUUUUGUCUUUUAAAUUUACAGUCCUUCAAGAUUAACAAAAUGAAGCGAAAUCUCUCUGAAACCGUUUUGUCCAUGAAAACUUUGAAACACUUCUGAAGGGGCAUGGUGGAGUUUUUAAGUGUAAAAUUCAAAAAUCUCAAGUUUUAUUGAACCUUUUGAUUUUGGAAAUGGCGUAAGCAUCACGCAGUUUUUAUUUUUUCAAGCCCUGAGCUUUUUUGAAUUUUUAAAUCACUUUUUCAAACUCGCCCUAUGACUAGACUUUUUGCUCUUUCUGACUUUUUCAAUUAAUUAAAUAUGAAACUUAUCAAUUGUGAGCAACUUGAAGGAUAAAGUGUGAAAACUCCGAUAAAACUUACAAAAAGCUUGGUUUCUAAUAUUUUCGCUUCAAUUCUCUUGAACAGGCGGGAUUUUUCUUUCAACUUGAAAAUUUUCGUCUAAAAUAUAAUGAGGUGGUUUCCCAAUAAUUGAUGGAAAUGAAAUAAUUCUUCGAUUCUAUAAAAAAGUCUUCAGAAUCGUGUAUCGACAAGUUCUGUCCACCAGAAACCUACUGUGAAGAACGGCUGGGUCCAUGUGUUCACCCGCCUUGCAGGACAAUUUUCGCCUGUCUUCCCAAGGAAGUUAAUGGUAAGAAAAUGUCCUGUAGAACAAUUUGGAUGAAAAAAAUUAGAAUUUGCGGGAAAUGCCUUCCUGUUCGUUUAAUUUUUUUAAGAUACUUAACAUUUUCUGGACUUCUGAACUGUUGAAACUUUUCAAAUGUUAACUUCUUUCUAAAACCUUGAAUUUUUGAAAUCAAUUUUUUUAAAUCGAAAAAAAUUCAACUAACCAAAGGAAAUCUUCCAGGCUGCUCCCGACUUGAUUGUCCUUCGGGGAAACUUUGCGUUGAACGCGUGAAACCGUGCAUUUCAAGGUCUGCAAGAAAAAUUCCAAGCUGUGAAACGCCAGAAAGUGAGUUGGAAAAAAAAAAUCUAGUUAACUUAAAAAAGCAUCCGUAUUUUCAAAAUUAUCAACUACUUGACUCGAAAUUAGUGUUUUAAUCAGAGAUUUAUUUAUAUUUUUGAAUUUUUGCUGAAAACUACGGUUCAAACACUCAAAAAAUCAAUCGAAAACACAAAAAAAUCUAAUUUUUCUCCAAAAACGACUUCCAAAAAAAUUCACUAAUUUCUAGCCUGUGAAGCCGUCGUCUGCCCACCGUCCCACCGUUGCAAAAUGGACAAAUCGGGAAAACCGGCGUGUAUCAAAAAGAUCCCGCCAACACACGCCAUAAUCGGACAUGCUAUUUUGGAUCCGAGCCAGUUUAAUGACGAAUAA